CUUCCUUCCCCCGCUCCUCCUACUUAAGAGCGCCUCUACACACGCUCCAACUCCCCAAACCAAACAAGCAAAAGCAAAGCAAAUCACCGGUCAAGAGCAGCAGCAGCGGCAACAAAGAGGAGCGAGAGCAGAGCGGAAGAAGAAGAAGAAAGCAAGAUGUGUGGCGGUGCGAUCCUCGCGGAGCUCAUACCGACCGCGCCGGCACGGCGGGUCACGGCGGGCCACCUCUGGCCUGGCAAGGGAGGCAAGAACCAGCAGCAGCAGAAGCGGAGGAGCGGAGCCGACGACUUCGAGGCGGCGUUCCGGGAGUUCGACGAGGACUCCGAGGAGGAGGAGCGGCAGGAGCAGGUCGAGGUGGUGAUGGCAGAGGAGGUCGAGGAGGUGGCCGAGAGCAAGCCGUUCGCGUUCAACGCUUCCUCCAAGAAGGCGUCGUCCGGCGGGAGGCCCGGGCGCCGCGGCGGCAGCGGCAGGAAGCCGGCGCAGUACAGGGGCGUGCGGCGCCGGCCUUGGGGCAAGUGGGCCGCCGAGAUCCGCGACCCCGUCAAGGGCGUCCGCGUCUGGCUCGGCACCUUCCCCUCCGCCGAGGCCGCCGCGCUCGCCUACGACGACGCCGCGCUCGGCAUCCGCGGCCCCAGAGCCAAGCUCAACUUCCCCCCAUCCUCCUCCUCCUCUGCCGCCGCCAACGCCGGUCUGGGCACGCGCAAGCGCGGCCGAGCCGCGGAUCCCGUUGCCAAGGCGACACCGGUCGUCGACCUCGUCCACGAAGACGCCGCCGCGGUGGACGCGCAUCGUUCGUCCGGCAUGAAGCACGAAGCGGCCGAGAGCUCCGAGUCCAGCGGCAGCGCACUGCCGGACUUUUCCUGGCAGGGCAUGUCGGCGUCUGCGCUCCCGGAGAUCGAGCAGCAGCUCGGGUGCGGCGGCGCCGCGAAGCGGCCGAGGGCCGCGGAGGACACCGACGAGGCGUCGGCGGACGACUCCGACGCGCUGUUCGACGGGCUCUACUUCGCGCAGGACCCGUUCGCCUUCUUCGACGGCGGCGCCUACGAGUCCCUGGACUGCCUCUUCAGCGGGGACGCCGUGCAGAGCAACGCUAACGCCGCCGCGGACGAGACGGUCGGGCUCUGGAGCUUCGACGACGACUGCCUCGUCGACGAGUCCAGCCUGUCGUUCUAGGAUCCCUCUUGCAUUUGCGUGUAUAUGUUCGUGUAAAUGCAGAGCGGACUCGAAUCGCGAGCCGUGAAAUCUUCGUAGCUCCCCGUCGCUUCCCUUUUCCUUGGAUCGGGAGGUGGAUCUUUGUGUAAGAGUUGGCAUGGUAGUAAAAGAUUUUUCCCUGCGCCUUCGUUGCAAACCAAAA